AUGCGUGCAAAUAUUGGCUAUCAUGCCAGAGAAGUUGUCAAUUCAAUCCCACCCUUCCACGGCCAGAGUGUUGUUGGUGAUUUGCAACUAUUAUUCGGAAAUGUCAUUUUAACUAUCGUGUUGUCAAGCUUUGGAAUUGUUGGCUUCUCAUUCUGGUCGAUACGGAGAUUGUGGCAGCGUCCGACCAAGAAGGUCGCGCUUUACGGACGCGUAGUCUUCGCGAAAUGGAUACUUUGCACGCUGUUGAUGAUUUUGUACAUCGCAUACCUCGUCACAGUCGCUACACUGGGCUCCGUCCACGGCGCCGCCCGACGCUUCGCCAUUUGUGCCGCGGCCCUGCAAUUUUGCUGUUCGGUAUUUCUUUCACUGGUGGUUGUGGUCAGCCACGCGUGGGAGAUUCGCGCUUCGUCUUUCGGACAACUAUUUACAACAGCAUGGGGAGUCACCGACAUCGCACGCAUUAUACUUCUCGCCGAGUCAGACGAAACGAAGGCAUGCUUGGGCAUCUUAUCUUCCAUUCUAGGGGUGAAAGUGUUGCUCCUAGUAGCUGAAGAGAUCACCAAACGAAAUGUCUUGAACACCCCCUACAACAAAUACCCGCCCGAGGCACUCAGCGGCAUCAUCAACCGCGUCUUUGUUGUCUGGCUCAAUCCACUCAUGUGGCGGGGUAUUGCUGGAAAGUCACUGUCACUCCCGGAGCUCUCUCAAUGCGAAGCCGAAUUCAAUAGCGCAGGAUUGUCGCGCACUGUCGGUGUGAUAUGGGAGAAGAAGGUCAUUGGAAGAAGCAAGCGUAAUCUGUUCUUGCUUCUCGCAUGGGAAUUUCGGUGGCUAUUUCUAAUCCCAACUCCCACACGAUUCGCCCAGGCUGCAUUUCAGUUCAUACAGCCUUUUCUUAUCCAACGGACUUUGAAUUGGUAUGACGCUCGCGACGACACUGAUCCUCAGAGUGUGGCAUGGGGUCUACUCGUCGCGUACGGAUUGGUUUACCUGGGAAUUGCGCUCACGACGGCAUAUAGCCAAUACCAAAUUGUGCGCUUUAUUACCGCAGUACGAGGAACUCUUGUUCUUCUUAUUUUCCGGAAGUCCCUUGAACUGCAGGAAUCCGAUAUGGCCCCACUGACACUGAUGAGUACCGAUGUUGAGCGCAUUAUACAAGGCUUGCAUUAUGUUCACGAAGCAUUUGUAAGUUUCUUCACAUUUGGCGUAGCAUUGUGGCUUCUCAAACGGCAGCUUGGUCUGGGAGCCAUCGCUCCGAUCGUGGUGUCGAUCUGCAGCAUGCUUGUGAUUGGGACAUUUGGUAAAAGCAUCAGCAAUGCACAGAAGCGCUGGGUUGAAGCCGUGGAGAAGCGUGUCUGCGUUACCACGGAAAUACUCACGUCCAUGAAAGGCAUCAAAAUGUCCGGUCUAAGCAAAUAUUCAUCCGUGAUACUGCAAGGUAUGCGGGAAACCGAACUAGCUGUAUCAUUGGCCAUGCGACGAUUCUUGACUGUUGGGAUUGGUCUUUCGUUCACCACGCCAACACUUUCCCCCAUGGUGGGCUUUGCAGUAUAUAUUGCGCUCGCUUCACAUCAUGGGAACACACUUUUGGCUGCGACGGCCUUCCCAGCACUUUCGAUCUUCAAUCUCCUGAGCAGUCCGCUCAGUAUUCUUAUUCAAAGUUUACCUGGCGUGAUUGCAAUGUUUGCCUGCUUCGAACGCAUAGGAAAUUUCCUCCAGCGCGAUUCCCGAAAUGACACUAGAUACUUGAUGAACUCGGCCACCACGUCUGCCGAGAAAGUGCUAUCAGUUGAGCCAAAGCCAGCCAGCAGCAGAGGGUCAUCUUCAAUAACGCUGCAUUCUGACUUGCUCAAUAUUGUAGACGGCAAGUUUUGGCGCACUAAAGACAGCGAGCCCAUAUUGCGGGAGCUCAACCUCCAAAUCAAGCGCGAGACACUAGUAGCAGUGGUUGGGCCGUCUGGAUGUGGCAAGACUACUCUCUUUGAGGCUCUCUUGGGAGAGCUUCCAUGUCCACUUGACUCGAUCCAAUUCGACUCCGCAUUCGACGUGCAAACCGGUAUCGCAUACUGCUCACAACAACCAUGGCUCAGAAAUGACACUGUUCGCAGUAACAUCAUCGCCGGAAUGCCAUACAAUGAGGCUUGGUACAAAACCGUGAUUGAUGCGUGUGCAAUGGAAGACAUCGUCCACACGCUAGGCGAAAAAAAGGUCGGCAGUGGAGGCACGAGCCUGAGUGGAGGGCAGAAGCAGAGAAUUUCUUUAGCGCGCGCCAUAUACUCGCGUCGCUCACUUGUUCUGCUGGAUGACACUCUUUCAGGAAUUGAUAACCUCUCCAUACAUCACAUUUUCGAUCGCUUGCUGGGUGCCGAUGGCUUGAUGAAGCAGAUGGGAAUAACAGCUAUCCUUGCAACUCAGAAUGUAAAAAACUCAAGUCUGUUUGACCAGAUCAUCACGCUCAAUAGCGAUGGCACGGUUCUCGAACGCAGAUCCCCAGUCGAUGCUGAUAGAAUUUCCGAGGACCCAAUCGCGCCAGGGAAGCAUCCUAAUGAGGCGCCAAUUUCUAUUUCCAGGAAUCCGUUCGCCUUUGCCCUAGAGGCCAGGUUUGAGACUUCGGCUUCGGACCCUCGCGACCGUCGGAGGGGUGAGCUGGGUGCAUACAAAUACUACUUUGCCUCUUUGGGCUACAGGAAGUUGGCCCUCGCUGUCUUACUGGUCGUAUCUUAUGUAUUUUUCUCCUCGUUUCCCCAAAUUUGGCUCGAAUGGUGGACUGCCUCUAACGUGGAUCAUCCCAAUAACAGGCUGGGUUACUGGAUCGGUGUUUACGCUGUUUUCGGAUUCCUGGCCGUAUUUUCACUGAUUGCUGCUUCAUGGCUCAUGCUUUGCAACAUGGUGAAGGACUCUGCGGAGUCUCUGCAUUUGAAACUUGUCCAAACUGUUGAGCGGGCCGUCGCAUCUGUGUUCACUUCCACAGAUCCAGGAAUCACAGUGAACCGAUUUAGUCAGGAUAUGGCUUUGGUCGAUAUGGAAUUGCCUAUGGCCUUCGCCAACACCAUUAUUUCUUUCACAACCUGCGUCGCACAACUUGUCAUUAUUGCUGCGUCUUCACAUUAUCUUGGUGCCACCAUCCCUUUCAUUCUCGGAGUCUGUAUUCUCACUCAACGGCUAUACAUUCGAACGUCACGGCAAUUACGAUUCUUUGAUAUCGAAGCCAAGAGUCCGUUGUAUACGGAGUUUAUUGAAUUGUUGAAUGGCCUGCAAGUAGUUCGCGCCUUCGAUAUGCAGAGCGAAUUUGAGAAAAGAUUUGCCGCAGCACUCGAUUCAUCCCAGAAGCCGUUUUAUCUCCUCCUCUGUGCGCAGCGAUGGCUCGGUUUGGUACUGAAUUUGGUGAAUCUCGGUCUGGCGUUGAUCUUAGUUGGUGUCACAACAGCCACUCGUGGUCUCUCGGGCGGCUUUUUGGGUGUUGCGCUGAUCAAUCUGACAAGCUUUGGACCAAGUUUGGCCGACUUGGUUGAUGUGUGGUGUACCUUAGAGAAUAGUCUGGCGGCAGUUGAGCGCGUGAAAUACUUCUCCGAGGAAACCCCGAAAGAGUCCACAGACUCGCCAAUUAAUCCGUCGACAAGCUGGCCCGAGCUCGGGGCCAUUAAAAUACAGGAACUAUGCCUUGGGUACGAGUCCGACCUACUUGCUGUCAAAUCACUUUCACUCGAUAUCCCAGCAGGAAAGAAGGUUGCCAUAUGUGGCCGAAGUGGCAGUGGAAAAUCGACGUUAUGCAUGGCUCUCUUCCGUAUGCUUGAUCCGAUAUCUGGCACCAUCUCGAUCGAUGGGCAAGACAUAUUCCGGGUCCCCCACGAAAUUCUUCGCUCUGCGCUUUCUAUCGUCCCCCAGGAUGCGGUGAUCCUAGGAGGAUCAAUUCGACUGAAUGUUGACCCUGAAAAUCAGCAUUCUGACACAGAUGUCAUUGAAGCAUUAGAACAAGCCGAAUUGUGGGAAUCUGUCAAAGAGCGAUUCGGGAAAGCAGAUGAUACAAGCGCCGAAUCUCUUUCCGGUAGCCAGAAGAAGCAACUCUGCCUUGCACGCGCACUGGUCAAAAAAAGCAAAAUAUUAGUUUUGGAUGAGGCAACAUCCAGUGCCGACCCUGCGACCGAUCAAAAGGUCCAUGAGCUUGUCAAUCAAGGCCUUCCGGGAACGACCAUCGUUUCUGUUAUACAUCGGUUGAAGCAUGUUGGCUUAUAUGACCUGGUCGCUGUCCUUGAUGAUGGUGAGCUGGUGGAGAUGGGUAACCCGGUCGAACUGCUUGAAAACUCAGCUUCGAGGCUAGUUGAGCUGUUUUUACGUGAUUAA